AUGUCCCUUCUCGCCCUCAUCGAGGACCGACCAACCCCCAAGGAAAUUUACAACUGGCGCGUUUAUCUCCUGGCCGCCGUCGCCUCUUUUACCUCAUGUAUGAUCGGGUAUGACAGCGCCUUUAUUGGCACCACUCUCAGUCUCCAGUCGUUCAAGGAUGAGUUUCACUGGUCAGACAUGAGCAAGUCCAGGCAGGAUCUGGUCAGCGCAAACAUCGUGUCGCUCUACCAGGCUGGUGCCUUUUUUGGCGCUCUUGUCGCUUACCCGGCCGGUCACUUUUGGGGCCGUCGAUGGGGUCUCAUGCUUUCUGCUGUGGUUUUCUUCCUGGGGGCUGGUCUGAUGCUUGGGGCGAAUGGCGCCCGUGGACUCGGUCUAAUCUACGCUGGACGUGUCCUGGCUGGUGUAGGCGUUGGUGUAGGCUCCAAUAUCACCCCGAUCUAUAUCGCCGAGAUGGCACCGCCUGCAAUUCGUGGUCGUCUGGUCGGUGUUUAUGAAAUGGGCUGGCAGAUUGGUGGUGUUGUUGGCUUUUGGAUCAAUUACGGUGUGGACGAGACCCUCCCUUCCAGCCACAAGCAAUGGUUGAUCCCCUUCGCGGUGCAACUCAUCCCCGCUGGUCUGCUCAUCAUCGGUGCGCUUUUUGUCCGUGAAUCUCCCCGUUGGCUCUUCCUGCGUGGCCAUCGUGAGAAGGGUAUCGAGACCCUGGCCUGGAUCCGGGGGAUCCCUGCAGAUCAUGUCUACAUGAUGGAAGAGGUGAGCAUGAUCGACCAGGCAUUGGAGCACCAGCGCUCGACCAUUGGCCUGGGGUUCUGGAACCCCUUCCGUGCUGCCUGGGCCAACCCCCGAAUCCUGUACCGCCUCUUUUUGGGUAGCAUGCUUUUCUUGUGGCAGAACGGAUCGGGGAUCAACGCCAUCAACUACUACAGCCCUACUAUCUUCAAGAGCAUUGGUGUCACGGGCAGCAACACCAGUCUCCUCACCACUGGUAUCUUUGGUGUCGUCAAGGCCGUGGUCACCAUCAUCUGGCUCCUGUACUUGAUUGACCGUGUUGGACGUCGGCCCCUUCUCCUGAUCGGGGCGGCCGGUGGCUCUGUCUGCCUGUGGGUAGUCGGUGCGUACAUCAAGAUCGCCAAACCUGAGAACAAUCCGCCCGGCACCAAGCUUAGCGGCGGGGGUAUUGCUGCCAUGUUUUUCUUCUACCUCUGGACUAUAUUCUAUACGCCUUCUUACAACGGGACCCCAUGGGUCAUCAACUCUGAAAUGUUUGAUCCCGAUGUCCGAUCCCUUGCUCAGGCUUGCGCCGCUGCCUCUAACUGGCUCUGGAACUUCCUCAUCUCGCGAUUCACGCCGCAAAUGUUCGCCGGCAUGAACUGGGGCGUGUACUUCUUCUUCGCCACGAUGAUGCUGCUCUCGAUUAUCUUUGUGUUCUUCCUGAUCCCGGAGACCAAGGGUAUCCCGCUGGAGAGCAUGGAGUCUCUGUUCGAGAAGAAGCCAGUGUGGCGUGCGCACGAGCAGCUGUUGAAGGAGCUCCGCGAGGACGAGGAGCGAUUCCGUGACGAAAUCGAGGAGUCUGAGCUGAAGCGGACUGGAAUGCCGGGAGAGCAUGUCGAGGUGGUUCCGAAAUAA